AUGCCUUCAUUUCGGAGAUCAAAAGGUUCUAUGGGUUGUAUUCGUGAACGACAAUUUUCAACAGAUUCUGUAAGUUCAAGAGGUGCACCACAUAUUGAUGAUGCUGUUUUUGAUCUGUAUAGAAAUCCGGAAUCUGAAACUUUAUCAUCAUCUGGUUUAUUAAAGUUACUUUAUGAAACUGGAAUUAGACGUGAUGAUCCACUUAUAAAUGAAAAUUUGGAUCGUGAAACUUUUAAAAGAUAUGUUGGUGAUGCAAUUGGAAUUAUUGCAAAAGCUUUAAAAAACAACUUGUAAUUCCGGAUUGGCCAGCAUUUAUUACAGUUCUUGGUGAAAUUUUUGAAUCAUGUCGGGAUUUUAAUGAUGGAAAUGUAGCAACAUACAUUCCGCAAUUAGCUCGAUCAGAUCCAAAAACAUGGGCAAUGGCUGUUUGUACCAUUGAUGGACAACGUCGAUCAUGGGGUGCUACACAAGUACCAUUUUGCUUGCAAAGUGUAUCAAAACCAUUUACCUAUGCUAUUGCUAUGGAUGAACUUGGUGCAGAAGAAGUACAUAAAUAUAUCGGUCAAGAGCCAUCAGGUCGAUUAUUCAAUGAAAUUUGUUUGGAUCAUAAUCAUAAGCCACAUAAUCCAAUGAUCAAUGCAGGUGCAAUAUUAGUAGCAUCAUUACUUAAACGUUCCAAUUCACUUGCUGAUCGUUUUGAUUUUGCAUUGCAAUAUUUUAAACGAUUUGCUGCUGGUGGUUUUGUUGGUUUUAAUAAUGCUGUUUUUUUAUCUGAACGUGAAACAGCUGAUCGUAAUUAUGCAUUAUCAUAUUAUAUGCGUGAACAUAAAUGUUUUCCACCAAAGACAAGUUUACAAGAUACAUUAGAUUUAUAUUUUCAACUUUGUUCAAUUGAAACAAAUGUUGAUACAUUAGCAGUAAUGGCAGCAACAUUAGCUAAUGGUGGAGUAUCACCAUUAAGUGAGGAACGAGUUGUAUGUAAUCGAGCGGUUCGUGAUACGUUAUCAUUAAUGUAUUCAUGUGGAAUGUAUGAUUAUUCUGGACAAUUUGCUUUUAAGGUUGGUUUACCGGCAAAAAGUGGUGUAUCCGGUGAUAUGAUUAUUGUUGUACCAAAUGUUAUGGGUAUUUGUUUAUUUUCACCACCGCUUGAUCAACUUGGUAAUACAGUUCGAGGUGUAAAAUUUGCGGAACAAUUUGUGGAAAAAUUCAAUUUUCAUAAUUAUGAUAGUCUUGUCUACUCUGAAACGCAUAAGAUUGAUCCUCGAAAAAAGAUUCGAGAAGUGAAACAUGAAUCUGUAUCAAAUAUGAUGUAUGCUGCAACUACUGGUGAUAUUUCAUCUAUUCAAAGAUAUCUUUUAUUGGGUGCAAGUAUCGCUGAAAGAGAUUAUGAUGAUCGUACUGUUUUACAUGUUGCUGCAGCACAUGGUAAUGAGAAUGUUCUCAAAUUUUUAUUGCAACGAUGGCAAGAAAGUCCAGAUCCAUUGGAUCGUUAUGGACGAAAACCAUUGGAUGAUGCUAGAGAAUUUGGUCAUAGUAAUUGUGUGGAAAUUUUAGAAAGAGCUUUACAAAAGUAUAUAGCAAAAAUACAAGAGAAAAAUAGUCCUUUUACAAGUUAA